AUGGGGCUCAAAGUUCUCUUGCUGCUCGCUUUUGCGAGUAUCGUAAGAGGCAAAUACUGGCUCGAGGAGAUAGAACAUCGUGGCACUGCUCCCUACUACCCUGACUCUCAGUAUCGCGUGUUUCGCAACGUGAAGGACUUUGGUGCCGUCGGCGACGGGUUGACCGAUGAUACGAACGCCAUUAAUGCUGCUAUCAGCGCGGGUACUCGAUGUAUUCCUGGCGUUUGUAGAGGAAGCACUAUUUCGCCAGCGACUAUCUACAUCCCUUCUGGAACGUACCUCAUCAGCGAUUCGAUCAUAGAUCUCUACUACACCCAAAUCAUUGGCGAUCCUACCAACCGUCCAGUAAUAAAAGCCUCUGGGUCAUUUUCCACCAAAAGUUUCGGGUUGAUCGACUCGAACCCCUAUCUGUCCGGCGGGAGUCUGUCAUACAACUCAACCAACGUUUUCUUUCGUCAGAUUCGCAAUCUAGUCCUGGACACGACCGCUCUCCCCCCUGAGUUUCCCGCUAUCGGAAUUCAUUGGCCAUCUUCGCAAGCAACAUCAAUUACGAAUUGUGAGUUCAGACUAUCAACUGUUCCCGGAAACAGACACACGGGUCUAUUUAUCGAAGAAGGAUCUGGUGGUCUCCUCAACGACCUAUACUUUCAUGGCGGUGGAAAUGCCACUGUCCUCGGAAACCAGCAGUUCACAGCACGAAAUCUAUGGUUUGUUGGCGCCGAUGUUGCGAUUUGGAUGCCCUGGGACUGGGGGUGGACUUUCAAGAGUGCCGUAUUCAAAAAUUGCCGAGUUGGCAUCAUGAUGGACCCUGCAUCGUAUAGCGUUGGUUCUAUUACGAUGCUUGACAGUUGGUUCGAAAAUAUCGACAUCGCCAUUUCCACGACUCGUAACAGUUCACAGGCCACAAGUGGUUCAGCGUCUUUGGCUUUCGAGAACGUCAAGUUUCAGAAUGUGAAAAGCGCUGUGUUGGACUCUGAAGGCGUUGAUCACGCACGUUCGGCUUUGGAGCCAGGAAAAGAUUCUAUUUUUGUGAUGGGUCACUAUGCUAAUUCGAAGGGUAAUUUUAAUGCGGGUGCAUUCUACCCAGUCUCGCUACCUCGAAGUGGUAGUCUUCUCGAUCGCGGUAUCUACUAUGAACGAUCAAAACCACAAUAUGAAAACGUUCCGAGCAAAUUCUUCAUGUCAGCAAAGGCGAAUGGAGCGUAUGGAGAUGCUUCUCACGAUGAUACCCAGGCACUCAACAACCUAUUCAAGUACACUGCAGAAAACAAUCUCAUCGCUUAUCUUGACGCUGGAUAUUAUAUGGUCUCAGAUACCGUCUAUAUCCCUCGAGACGCCAAGAUAGUUGGCGAAGCUCUUGCAUCAAUCAUCAUGGGUACUGGGCAAAAGUUUGAAGAUAUCAACAAGCCUCGGCCAAUUGUUCAAGUUGGUCGUCCAGGAGAAGUUGGUCAGAUCGAAUGGUCUGACACUAUCAUCUCAACACGAGGAGCAGCAGCAGGUGCUGUUCUUAUUGAGUACAAUCUAUACAGCCCUGAGACUCCAUCAGGUAUGUGGGAUGUUCACACUCGAAUCGGUGGUUUCGCAGGAACAUAUCUUCAGGUUCCUGAAUGUCCUGCUAUAAAGGGAGCCAAUGUUAUAAACCCACGGUGUCUGGCAGCUUAUAUGAGCUUCCAUGUAACGAAAUCUGCCGGGGGACUCUUUACAGAAAACUGUUGGUUCUGGGUCGCAGAUCAUGAUCUGGAGAAUCAGCAGUAUGCACGAGUUGCUCUGUUUGCAGGCCGAGGUGUCCUCGUGGAAGCCCAGAGAGGUCGCAUCUGGCUCAGUGCGACUGGUUCAGAACACCACGUGUUAUACCAGUAUCAGUUCGCCAACACUAAAGACGUAUACAUCGGUCAUGCACAGACGGAACAAGCGUACUUUCAACCUAUACCUUUGGCCCAGUACCCAUUCCCACCUGUGCCCUCCCUCUACGAUCCGGACUUUAAGCAAGACUGCCGGGGAAACGCUGAUGCUAGAUGCAAUAUGGGCUGGGCAAUGAGAAUCAUUGAUUCGAACAAUAUUGCAACCUAUGGCGCAGGGCUAUAUUCUUUCUUCAUCAACUAUAACGACACGUGUGCCAGUAACAAAUCACCACUCUUCUGUCAGGAGAAGAUCUUGAGUAUCCGAGGCCGCAGCACUGGUUUAAAGUUUUUGGGAUUGAGUACAGUUGGAGCUCAAACCAUGGUGGAGCGCGAUGGCGCAGAUUUGGUUCAGGCAGCUGACAACAACAGUACAUUUGCAGACACUUUGGCUUUGUAUGUAUCAUGA